GUACUUAGGUAUAUAUUUAAUUGGUGUUGAAUUGGACAUCUAGUAGCCAAUAUGGCUUGUUGUGGCGAUGAAGAGGAGGAGGAAAACCGGGAUAGAAUCAAUCCCUUUGAGGAUCGCUUUGCCAGGCGCCAGUUUAUCCGAAAAGUUCUUACCUUGGUGACUAUACUCUUGGUAAUUACAACAGCCAUAACUGCACCAUUUGUGUUUGUGAGAGAAGCCCGUCGGUGGGCCUGGCGACAUCGGUGGAUUAUGUUUAUAGGCAUGGGGAUUAUAAUAUUCAUACACUUUAUAAUGUGCUGCUGUAAAAACUGUUUUACUUCGUCGCCUUGCAAGUGGAUACUUUUCGUACUCUAUAUGCUGGCCCACAGCAUUGUGGUAGCCGUUUUAGCAACCAUAUAUGCGCCAAUCCUUAUUUUGAUGGCCUUCGGAAUUUGUGCGAUUUUGGUUCUAGCACUGACACUAUUCGCGAUAGUUGCUCCUUGCGAUUUCACAAGCUGCUGGGUUUUUCUCUUCCUCCUGGGCAUCGCCAUGAUGCUCAUCGGCAUUGUUUGCAUUUUUGUCUACAUGCCAAUACUCCAUUUAAUAUUUGCUAGUCUUGGGAUACUGCUAUAUUCCUUGUAUCUGGUGGUGGACAUCCAAAUGAUAGUCGGUGGCAAACACCGAAGGCAUCAGUUCGAAGAAGAUGAAUACGUUCUGGCAGCCUUGUCCAUUUACCAUGAUAUUAUAUUUUUGUUUCUUUACAUAUUGCAGCUAUUAGGUCUAUUAGAUGAUUGUUAAAAAAAGAAAUUAUUU